AAAAUCUGACAUUUCCGACAUACUCUAACCUCCAUAAUUCUACUCUUGUAUUGGUAUGCUAGUAUACUAUAAUAGAAAUCAGUAGGUAUGCUGGGACUGUCAACGGAUUCAAGAGUUUCAUUUGCACUCCGACCAACUCGGACUCCCCAAUGCCUGCCGCCGAGUUCAGUAGCAGUGCAUCUGCAGUAAUUGAAAGAGUUGCCGAAAUUGAUGGACAACCGACAAAAACAUUACCAUUUAAUUUAGAAGCGGAAUAUGAUUUGAAGAAAUGCGUUGAUUGGAUCAUCGUGAAUUCUUUGGAAAAGAUAUGCCUACAAUUUCCCGACCAUCUUUUGCCAGACUCUGUGGAAAUAGCAUUACGUUUAGAGAAGCUUGUAGAUAAAAAGAUUUUUAUUCUUGGGGAUUCUUCAUAUGGUAGCUGUUGUGUGGAUGAGGUAACAGCGCAGCACGUUAAUGCAGAUGGUAUCAUACAUUUUGGCCAUGCUUGUCUCAGUGGAACUUCUAGACUCCCGGUUCUUCACAUCUUACCAAAAAGCCACCUUGAUACACAGUUAUUCUGCAACAAGUUUCAUAAAUAUUUUCAAAACAAAGAUGAAAACAUUUUGUUUUUCUAUGAUGUCAGCUACGCCCAUGUAAUAGGAUCGAUUUACGACAGUUUAAGAACUGAAUAUAAAAAUUUAACUCUUUCAAAGUUGAAUUGUACCUCCAACGUAGAAUAUACAGACUGUGGCGAAGAGGCUAGUUCCGUACUUGGUAGAAGUUACAACCUAAAACCUGGCGACAGCAUAGAGGAUUACAGGGCUAUUUUCCUAGGACCAGAUGGGAAGACAUCAAAUAAUUUGGCUAUGGGAAUACAAGCAAAAUCCUGGAGUCAUUUCGAUAACAAAAAUAUUGUAGAGUUGACAGCUGGUAAUUCAUUGUGGUUAAAAAGACGAAGAUAUCUGGUUGAAAAAUUGAAGGAUGCACAUGUCGUAGGCAUAGUGGCCGCAACGUUAGGCAUAAAAAAUUAUCUAGAAUCCAUUGCAGCAGUCAAAAGGGCGUUGAAAUUGAAAAACAUAAAGAGCUACAUCGUUUGCGUGGGUAAACCAAGUCCAGCAAAACUAGCAAAUUUUCCCGAGAUGGAUGCCUUUGUAGUGAUAGCUUGCCCAGAGAACCUCGUGUAUGAUUCAAGAGACUUUUAUAAACCAAUGUUGACACCCUUUGAAGUUGAACUAGCCUUCAAUUCGUCGCGGGAUUAUUCCACGCAGUAUUGCAUAGAUUUUCAACAAAUCCUCGCGACAGGGCUCAGUUAUGUCCCAUUCAAGAGUUCUGCUGAAUCUGACGUCUCCCUAAUUUCUGGAGGAAUCCGGAAUUUGACCAAUGACAUACACUCGGUAAAUGGUAUGGGCGAAUUGGUAUCGAAAUCGGCUGGUACCGUUGCUGUAGGAAAAGAUGGAGCAAAUUACUUACUUAACAGGAGUUGGCAAGGAUUAGAACAAAGAUUAGGAAAAGACCCAGUACAGACUGUAUCAAAGGGUCGUGACGGUCUACCGGUUGGCUAUGACAGCGAACUAAUCAGAAAAGAAGAUUAAUCAACCAUCAUAGGUCUUUUUUUUAUAUAUACAUUUACUAUAUGAGUAUGCCUUUGCAAAAGAUAAAGUACUUGUAAUCUA